AUGGCUGGUGAAAGUAAGAGAAGAACAGAAGAGUGGCUGGUGAGCGAGCUCCCACCAGAUUGGAUAAUGGACAUUCUAUCAAGGGUUCACAACCAUUCUCAAAGUUUCGACUUUAUAGACGCUUUUGAAUUUGAUACUGAGCAGUUUAAGCAGCUGUCCUUACGUCCUCCUCCUCUCAUACGUUAUGAUGGGUUUUUGAGCGUGGGAGUUUUACAAGGUUGUCUAUCCGUGGCUUUUAGUGUUAGUCAUGAAUUUGGAAACCUUGAGAUAUGGUUUGACGUUGCCAAAGGAGAAGAACUGAAUGUAUCAUCAAGUCAAGUUCAACCUUUCAAGAAACAUCUACCUGAAAUUUACCUUAUUGAGGUUUUACCUUCUGAGGAAGCAGGGGCUUCUGUGUUGCACGUGCAUGAGGGCACGAGGGGUGAUUUUCAAGUUUUUCCUGUGCAAGAGUUCUAUGUCGGGCUUCUUGGGCAGCUGUAUGAAGCAGAUGAGGUAUUUUGGGGCACAUCCUGCGUUGAGCCUCUCAUUAUGGCUGCUCUUCUAAUGUUGAGCUACUUCUUUGAUUUACUUCUGUUUAUCUCUAGCUCGACAACUCCGAUUGGAGUAUCUGCUUUUGUGUUCAGAUAA